GGGGCGGGCAGGGAGGUGGCGCGGCCCCGGCGGGGCGGCGGGCCGGCUCGGGAGGCUCCUGGCCGGGAAGGUGUUGCUCACCGCUCCUCCCCUCUGACUCAAGUCAGAACAAGUCGCCCCGUUUCCCGGGCGCGGGCAGAGCCGGGGAGCGGCGGCGAGCGGCGGGCGCCCGAUCCGGCCGGCAGCCCCAGGCGGAGAAGAAACAGCGCCGUCACCCCGCGACCCGCCGCGACCGGGUGCUGCCGGGGCCCCGAGGGCCGCGCUGGGGGAACCGGAGUGUCUCGCUGCCCGACUCUGAAGAGAGGGGACAAAGCGGCCUGGCCGGGGUUUCACCCUCCUGCGCUUGAGGAGCAUCAGGCCCUACGAGCCGGCAGAGCAAACACGGACUCGCCUUCCUCCCCCCCGCAGCGAAGCGCCGGGCGCGGGAGGGGGCUGGCGGCCCCGCGGGACCCGGCGUCCGGCCGAGACGGAGCCGCAGCGCGGGGGUCCCGCCGGGAAACCCCUUCGGCCGGGGGGAAACUGAGGCACGGUGUGCCCCGGGCCCGGCAUGGAGGAGGCGAGCGACACAGACAGCGGCAUCAUGCUGCACUCGGGCCCCGACAGCCCCGUGUCGCCCGUGAAGGAGCUGCCGCGGGCGGCGCGCCGGCGGCAGCGGGAGCUGGAGGCCCGGCUGGAGGCCUGCGUGCAGGAGCUGCGGCGCCUGUGCCUGCGCGAGGCGGAGCUGACGGGGACUUUGCCCCGCGAGUUCCCGCUGAAAGCCGGCGAGAAGCCCCCCAAGGUGCGGCGGAGGAUCGGCGCCGCCUUCAAGCUGGAUGAGACCCUCGUCCUCCGCGGGGCGGACCCGCUGAGCACCCUGGAGCGGGACCUGGCGCUGCAGCUGCAGAUCGCCAAGGCCGCCCACCGCCUCUCCCGGGAGGAGAACAUCAGCAAGCAGCUGCGCAAGCGGAGGAAGACCGCGGCGCUGAAGGAGGAGAGGAAGCUGAAGGAGCUGGAGAACACCCUGAACGAGUGUCGCCUCCUGGCCGGGCGCCGGCCCGCGAGCGGUGCCGCCGAGGAGCCGGGCGCCUCGGACGCCAGCUCCCUGUCGGACGCUGCGCUGCCGGAGGAGGAGGAGGAGGAGAAGAGCCCGCCGGCCCCGGGCACCGCCGAGGCCGAAGGGCGGCCGCGCUCGCCCGCCCGCCCCGGCGCCUGGAAGGAGACCGGCCUCGACCGACGCUGCCAGACCGCCGGGGAGCCCCGGGCCGACGCCAGCCGGCCCGGCGAGAUGCCCCCCUACCCCUUCGUCCCCGUGCGGAGCCUGGCGCUGUGCCGGCGCCUGGGCUCCAGCGCUCCCGGCACGCCGGAGCCGCCGGGCCGGCGAGGACAGUCCCCGGCGCCGCGGCACGACCGCAGACCCCACAUCGCCCUUCCCGAUGGGUUCCCGCCGGAUUUCGGAAGCGGGAGGAUCCACCCGGCCCCGCGCGCCUCCUCGCCCGGGGUGCCAGGGUGCCGGGAGCCCGCCGAGCCGCGGGGCCGCAGCGCCCUGCCCCGGCGCCGACCCACCUACUACACGGCGAGCGUGCCGGCGGCCGCCUUCGCGGCGCCCGCCGUCCCGGGCCGCGCCGGCUCCGACGGCAGCAAUUCGGACGGCUCCAGCGGCUCCCACGCCACCUCUCCCGGCAGCGGCGGCAGCCCCGACGCCUCGCGUCCCGGGGACGCCCAGCGGCUCGGGAUGCCGGCGGGUCUCCGCCGCGAGCAGGACGGGGCCCCGGCGCGCUACCAGCGCUUGGUGGCCUCGCACAGCCGCGUCGUGCGGACGCCGUCGCUCAGGGAGCGGGCGCCGGGCGCCGGCCGCGGCCUCUCCAGGGCGGCCGUGUCGGAGGAGCUGCGCUGGUGGCACGAACGCGCCCGCCUCCGCGGCGCCCGGCCCCACUCGCUCGACCGCCACGGCGUUUUCCGGGUGCCCGGCCGGGAUACGUGCCCGUCGCGCGGGAGCCAGCUCCGGCCUCAGGUGCCCCCGCCGCACGCGCCGAAGCGCUCCCCGGACGGGGCGCCCGCGCGGCUCUACGCGCCCGAGAACGGCGAGAUCGUCACACAGGUGUAAGCGUCCCCCCGGCCUGGGGACCGCCGCGGGCGCCGGACGCCGGGGCCCAGGCCGCCGGGGGCGGGAGGGACGCGGCUGUCCCCGGGCGUGGGGACGUCCCCGCGGGGGCCGGGACAGGGCGUGGGGGCUGGCCCCCCGCCGCCGGGUCCUGCACCUCCGAGAGGGGCCGAGGUGCCGGAUAAACCCCCGGGAUUUGGGAUCCGGGAUCCGGGGCUGGUUUUUUUUGUCUCCUCUAUAAUAAACGUGGUCGUUUGGGUCCUC